AUGACCAUAUACGAGCCCGUCGGCCAUCAGGUGGCCCAAUUUAGAGCAACCGAUCGCGACUACGCGGAGAACGGUGAUGUGAUUUACCAAAUUGUGCAUUUUUCCGUCCUCUCCUCCACCAACGCUGCUUUUGCCCUGACUGAAGGUGAAAACGCGGAGAUAAAACCAAACAAAACCAGCGCAGCUCCUGACGGCAGUCCCUUCGAGCUCGAUUCCUCCACUGGGGCCCUAUAUAUAGCCCGUGCACUGAGCCUGCAGGAUAUGGGCUUGGACAUCAUCAUUGUUACGGUGAUGAUUGCCGUGGCCAUUUUCAUCGCCCUCUUCCUCAUUGCUGCUAUGGUAUUUUUGCAAUGUCCCGUUUGCCGGAGACGACGCCUAGGCGCCAAUUAUGACCGUGCAAAUUGCGGCAGCAAUCACAAGAGCCCUUCGCCAACAGCCGGAGUUGACUUACAGUACAGCGUGUCGCCUGACACUCACGGCUACUACUACCUACCCGAAGUGUUUCGGGACUCACACAGCCUUAUUUCGCUGGUUGGUGGCGGUAGCAGGCCUGGGGAUACAACGGUGGGCAAGGAGAACUCUCUCGGCAGUAGUGCCUACAGUUAUGAUGGUCAUGAUGACAUGAGCGGGGAAACCCUCGUCUAUCCUGCGAUCUUACAGCUGUCUGAAGAUGGACAGUCUGCGACCAUCCUGGAGGCACCCAAAAUACCAAGCUCGGCUGUUCAAAGUGGUGUCCGCUUUGGCGACAUUGCAGCGUCUUACCAAAAGAACCUUUCAAAGGAACCUACAACACCAAGAUCCAAAAAAGAAUCUAUUAAGCUUUUACCACUCUCAGCUAAACUCGAACGGUCCCAAGUGAUGUUUAUCGACAAACCAGAAUGCAGUUCAUUGAACAGUUUCAGGCGCGUCACCGAGGAACCACACAAUUCCAAAGACCUAGCAGCUAGGAUCGAAACCAAUGAAGUCAGCAAUGUAACUUCUCCAACGCAUCAAAAUCAAAAAAGCGUAGAUGUAACGAUGCCAUCUAAAAAACAGUCUACUAUCAGUUGGAUGGAACCGGAAUCUAGCAUCUGUUUUCUGGAUAGCGACCUGUCCGUGAGUUUUGAGCUGCAGGAAGGCAGUUCAAACCAACCUGCCAACAACUCACUCCGGACUGAAUCACGUACAGAUAUGGAUGCGGGAAAUGGUUAUGCCAGACUAGGGGCAAGUGAAUCCAUUGCCUACGAUGAUCUGAUUCACGGGAACAAUGAUAAAAGUGAACUGUAUACAGAUUUCCCAAAUACAGCACCUCGUGAUGCUGAAACCAGGACUUGUCUGUUCUCCAAAAUGGAGCAGGACCCAUACUCCAAACUGCAGACUUUGACGGCCGAGUGUCGGCGGCUCAAGAAUCUUAAGCAUGAUUAUGCCAUCGUGGAGCAACCCAGUUCCUCGUCUGCCAUCAACAGCGUUCAGGCUGUCACUCGCGCGAGCUCGUGUCACUCAAUCCGAGCCCAGUUGAAGACUGAAUUUGAGGCACAGAGGAAGUACCUUACGGUUAGCAUCAAUGGCAAGUCUGUACAGCUUCAGCCUGACACAGCCUCAGACAUCACUCUUAUCUCCAAGUGCACCUGGCAGUGCACUAGCAACCGGGCCAAGUCCUGCCAAAUUGAAUCAACCGGCGGCAAAGCUGAUCUCGACUCUACAGGAGAAAUUCCACUGUGUUUCGCCUCAACCCUCUAG